AAAACAGACAAAACCAACAAACCUCAAAAAUGGAUUCGGCCGUCUGUUAAAGUAUCCCACCGACUGCCUUUGCCACCCCUCUGACCUCUUCUUUCUUCUCUCUAUUUCUUCCCAUCUUUGAUUCAUUUUUUUUAUUUUUCCUAUAGAACAUUCUGGUACUCUGUUUCUUUCUGUUUUCUCUUAAUGGGUGCGGGUUUCUCUUCUCUCUUCACCGGUGAAGACGAGUCAUCUCUUUCUCAAUUGCCGGUGAGACCCAGUUUGGGGGACUUGCCGGAGAGCUGUGUAGCUUCGGUUAUUAGGUAUUUAGAUCCGCCAGAGAUAUGCAAAUUGGCAAGGCUGAACAGAGCGUUUAGAGGUGCUUCCUUGGCUGAUUUUGUCUGGGAAGAAAAAUUACCUCCCAAUUAUCAGAUUCUUGUUGGAAAAGUUUUUGGUUAUCUUCCUGAAACGUGGGGUAAGAGAGACAUCUAUGAGAGGCUUUGCAAAGCUAACACUUUAGAUGGCGGCACCAAGAUAGUAUGGUUGGACAAGAGCACAGGCGGUGUUUGUUUGUCCAUUUCUGCAAAGGGAUUAUCAAUAACAGGAAUUGAUGAUCGAAGAUACUGGAAUCAUAUUCCUACUGAGGAAUCUAGGUUCUCUUCUGUUGCGUAUCUUCACCAAAUCUGGUGGUUUGAAGUUGAGAGUGAGAUAGAGUUCCCAUUCCCAGCAGGCACGUACAGCAUAUUCUUCAGACUGCAGUUGGGGCGUGCCUUUAAGAGGUUUGGACACAGAAUCUGCAACACGGAGCAUGUCCAUGGUUGGGAUAUUAAACCCGUGCGGUUUCAGCUAUGGACUUCAGAUGGUCAGUAUGCUGCAUCUCAGUGCACUUUGAGUGAUCCCGGGAAAUGGAUUCACUACCAUGUGGGGGACUUUGUUGUUGGAAACUCUAGCUCAACAACAAAGAUUAAGCUCUCCAUGACUCAAAUCGAUUGCACGCAUACAAAAGGCGGUAUCUGUUUAGACUCUCUUGUGAUUUACCCAAGUAAAUUUAGAGAAAGGCUAAAACAAUUCUGAAUUGCCCUUGAACCUCUUGUUUUUUAAGAAGGAAUGCAUCUUCAACGGGAAGUGUCCCUGAGUUCUGGUUCAGUGGCUCUUUUAGGGAUAGAGUUAUUUGCAUCCAAUCGUGUACAGUCAUGUUCAAUCCAUGUGUAAUUUUCAUUCACCAAUGUGGCUUCUAUCUUUAUGAAAGAUGUUGGAUCAAGUACAAUCCUCUUCUGCAAUGGUAUCAGCUUAGUUUUUUUUUUCUUUUUUUUUGACAAGAAAAAAUACAGUGUUAG